GCAAUAUCAUCCUGUUCAAUUCAUCUCAUCAAUCUAGUAAGAAGACUUUCAGAUCCGACUCCAGGACAGAUCAACUCUCUGUGUCUAACAAAGUCGUCGCAAUGGCAAAGACGAUCGACAACGCGUGCGACGACGAACCCUCCGCUCUCCCAUUCAAAACCGGAGGUCCGCUUGCCCGGAAUCAAGAAUACCUGAUCUUCUACUUCUUGACCGUCUCCUCAUGGGGUCUGGAAAUCGCAUCAGCAUGCCUGGGCUCUCUCUACGGAGCACAGAGCCAUUAUUUCAUCGCGACGGUCUCGCCAUUUCUAGCCACGCACUGGAUGGCGUUUCUCCAGACCUGCUGGUUGAUGGCGACCGCAUCACGAAACACAGUUGCUGAUCGAGUUGCCUACCUCAAUCUUGCAUGCCGAUUUCAACGGCUUUGCGCGCCUACCGCCUUAAUCGGCAUGAUCACGUGGGCCGUGGGAUAUCGCUUUCGCGGCAAAGCCUCCAGCCAGGCGUAUUGGAUUAUCUGGCUUGUGGUGUGGAUCCUGGACACCGUGUUGUGUAUCAUGAACGUUUACAACAACAUCAAUUGGGAGAGCGAUCUCUUAUAUCAGAUUGCACCAGAGUAUCCCCAGGGAAAUUAUUGGUUGGGUAUCCUCGGAAUCCGAACUAUCUGUCGAACCAAGUACAAGAACCCGAAGGACGACGGGUUUGAGAUGACGGACGGAGCGACUCAACGGAAGCUUUAGUUUCGGCACUUUGAAUUUGUUUCGUGUAUGUGUACCACUUCAAAUUCUAAACCACGCAGAUAGUGUUGAUUUUCGCCCAGGCUGGUGUGGCCAAAAUUGGGUGUCGUCGGACGAGAAAGUCUCAUACAGCUUGUUAGAUAUCAAAACACCCCAUCGUACCUGGUUACCCUACAUCAAUUCUAUCAAGUCCUAGACGUCGUCGAGCUGGUAAGCACUGCGGGCGCGCCCGGGCUCGAAUUGCAUACUGCAGUGCUCUGUUCCUCUUGCGCCUCGACAAGGCUACUAGGAGAAGCCGAUCUUUCAUGGGAAGGCAACCAUUGGGCACAGCCAGAAUACAGGACCCUUGCUUCACCUUUUGGCUUUCGUCUCAAACCCCCCAACAGAACACAGUCACCUCGUCUGCCUUGCAUUUGUCCCAAAGAACCCCGCAGCGAUGCCUAACCCUCAAUGGUCUCGUUAUUACCCUUUUACUUCUACAGCGCUGGUGUUGCCCUGGAGCAAGGCGCAAGGCAACUUGCUGCGGCUGCGCCUAGCGCCUCCAGGCUAUCAACUAUGGCUUCAACCCCGACACUCGGCUGCCGCCGGUGAGGCUUCCGUAUGGCUCGUUCCUGUAACCGAGUGGCUUUUUCUGCAGACAUCCUG